UACUCGCAUCUGGCUCCUGUGUUUGGAGGCGUGGUUGCCAGGACUUGAAAUGGCUCCUCCCUGGGAUAGAUUUAAUAGGGAGUGAAGCUGUGACGGCGAGGCGUUGCCCGGUCGCUCUUUGCUAGGCGUUCUGGCAAGCAGUUCCCUUGCCCUUACUAGACAUGGCGCUGGCCAGCGUGUUGGAGAGGCCGCUACCGGUGAACCGGCGCGGGUUUUUUGGACUCGGGGGUCGUGCGGAUCUGCUGGACCUGGGUCCAGGCAGUCCCAGCGAUGGGCUGAGCCUGGCCGCGCCCAGCUGGGGUGUCCCAGAGGAGCCGAGAAUUGAAAUGCUUCAUGGAACCACCACCCUGGCCUUCAAGUUUCGCCACGGAGUCAUUGUUGCAGCAGAUUCUCGGGCCACAGCCGGUGCCUACAUCGCCUCCCAGACAGUAAAGAAGGUGAUAGAGAUCAACCCCUACCUGCUGGGCACCAUGGCUGGGGGUGCAGCGGAUUGCAGCUUCUGGGAGCGGCUGUUGGCUCGGCAAUGUCGAAUCUAUGAGCUUCGAAACAAGGAGCGCAUCUCCGUUGCAGCUGCUUCCAAGCUGCUUGCCAACAUGGUGUAUCAGUAUAAAGGCAUGGGGCUGUCCAUGGGCACCAUGAUCUGUGGCUGGGAUAAGAGAGGCCCUGGCCUCUACUACGUGGACAGUGAAGGAAACCGGAUCUCGGGGGCCACCUUCUCUGUAGGCUCUGGCUCUGUAUAUGCUUAUGGGGUCAUGGAUCGGGGUUACUCCUAUGACCUGGAGGUGGAGGAGGCCUAUGAUCUGGCCCGUCGAGCCAUCUACCAAGCCACCUACAGAGAUGCCUACUCAGGAGGUUCCGUCAGCCUCUACCAUGUCAGGGAGGAUGGCUGGAUCCGGGUCUCCAGUGACAAUGUCGCCGACCUACAUGACAAGUAUAGUGAAUCUACCCACUGAAGGAGGACGGAUGUGGCUGCUUGCAUUUCUUGGGGUGACUGUUGUUGGUAAUAUGGGUACAGUUCCCCAUCCUCUAGCGGAGGGGUCCCCAAUUGUAUCAAUCACUUUUUUUUUUUUUAAUCUCUGGUGCAUUGACCUCCAUGUGUUACCAGCUGUUAAUGAGCUACUGCAGAGGUAAUUAUUGGUUUUACUUUGUUGAAUGUUAACAUGACACUACUCGACCUCA